UUUUUCGUCAAAAGUGAGUUUGAACAUGUCUCUUUCCGCGAAUAAUUGCUGACCUAAUCUCGUUGUAACGUUCUGGCAGUUGUUCGUUAUAUCACACAGUAAGUUUGUUAUGCGGAGAUGCUUUGAAUUAAUUACAUUUAAAGAUAAUAUAAACCUUAGGUUUGUUUUUAAGAUGAUGUUGAUGUGAAAGCGGUAUUUUUAUGCGUUUUUAUAAAUAUUUUUAUAAUGCUAGGCAAUCCGUUUUUGCAAGCAUUUUUAGUUUGAGGUUGGUGUGACCAAAACAAGAGAGAGGGGUAGUGUGCGUCGAACGGUGGUCAAUAGGUGAAGCAUUGGGUGGAAAGGAGAGCGAGGCAUUCAUGUUGCUUUGUGUCUUUCCUUCCCUCCACAUCUUGUAGUAAAGCCGAACCAACACAGACGCGUCUCCGGUAGUUGUGUUCGUUACGUUUGCUUGUGUUUACCAGUGUUUAUUGUAUACAUAUAUGUUGGAGGGAGAGGUGCAUGUGUAUGUGUGUGCAUGAGUGCGCGCCGCCAUAUUUCUCAAUUCCCAUGCCAGUGAAAGUGUCAAGCAAGGAGUGAGUGCGAAAAGAGUAAUGAUACUAGUUCAUGGUGAGAUGUCGAAAGCAGCGUGAAUACAUGUAACAAAGAGUCUGGAUAAGGUUCAACCCCCCAAGCGCCCAACAACAAACCGAAGUUCCAUCAAAUAUUCAAACUGAAAGACGAACCAUGUCCGGAGGAGACACGGCGGACGGUUCGUCGUUCUUCAACGAUACGGAGACGGGCACGAAUAAGUCGUUUGUGAAGAAAGUUAAAUCUCGUGUGUCCGGACUGUUCCCAUCGUCUCUGAGCAAAUGGUUCGGCACCCCACAGGAUAGCCCCAAGAUCCGCCACCGCGAGGAUCUCGACGAGGACGAUGAUACCUGUCUUCUGCAACCUCCCACAAAGAGGGUGAAGCUGCCCACUGUGCCCGAACCCCAAAUAGCAAGCACAAGCAGGAGUAAUCUGGAGAUGACCUUCCUCUCAACACCACUUCAUAAUGAACAACGGCCAAUAGCCAGUGCUUUCAGCACAAAAAUAAUGUCCUUCUCAGAGCCCCAGCCUGUUGCCAAAUCAACAAGGAAAUUAAUUUUACCAAGUGGUUAUAAUCUGAAGAAUAACUACAAUGGAGAUUUACAAAAUGGUGACAAAGACUCCGACAGUGGAGAAUCAACAAGUGGAUAUUCUUCCAUGCCCCGCAUAGGUAGCAAGGAACAUGUAUCUGAUGAUAAACAUGGAACCCCCAACAAACAAUUAGCUGACAACAUAAGUUUAUUUAACUCACCUGCACCUGCAGAACGAUCACUGUUUGGAGACAACAGUAGGAUGGCGAGUCCAAAUUUAAACACUUCAUUGAGUUCACGACGUCCCUCGUUCAACACUUCCGCAUUUGGAUCAUCGAAUUUUAUGGAUCGCACACUUUCCACAAAGCGUAUUGUUAAUUCUCCUUUCUACUCUGGUCGUACAUCUUACGGAGGCGCCUCGGCUUACAGUCGUAAUUUAUUGAAACGUCCCGCUUCGGAUUUGAAGAACUUUGUGCAGCCGAAGCCAAUAGCUACUGUUAAGAAUGUGACCUUAAGUAAAACUGCUAAACGGAUUUUGGAUACUCUGGAACAGUACACAAGUCCAUCAGAAGACGUGAAGAGGAUUCCCAAUCCCUCAAAGCGAACACAGAAAUCCGAAGGACUAAUCUCUAAAUAUACGGGAGCUAAUCCAUAUUCUGUUAGAGACUCAAAAGUUGCAUCCAACAGGGAGCUUCAAGUACCCACCAUGACAGACGUUCUGAAAAUGAAAUUAAAAGAAAGGCUGCAAGACAGUACGCAAUCAGUGCGAGAAUUGGCCACCACGUCUAAAUCUCCUUUAAACGUGGAAGAGUACAAAUUGUUACAACAAGAGGUGACGGACUCAUCAGUUGUUCGUAAUAGUAACAAAAUGAAAACUAAGAUAUCUUCUGUCAGGCCACGUGCCGAGCCUGUGGAAAUAUUGCAGGAUGUUAGGCUGCCGGACGUACAGCUACCUAUUUCGAAAUUACCAAAUUUUGAUUUCAACAUCCCGUUGCCGAUCAAAGAAGUAAAACCAGUGAGCGUUCCAAAAGAAAUUACAGUACCCAAACCAACAGCCAUGUUUAAAACAUCAUCAACCAAUGCAGUAACAAAGACCGCCAACAAACAGUUGAGCAAAGAUAUUUCAGUGUACAAGUUUUCAAAACCACUCGUAAUUUCCGACAAUUUAAAAACUAUAAAGGCCAUCAAUAACUUCAAAUUUAGUAAACCAGUUUGCAAAAAAUCUACCUCUCAGAAAAAUGACGAGCCAACCGAGGUAGCGGUAAACUUCAAAAGUUCCAGUAACAAUUCAAUACCGUGUCUCAGAAGAAAAGUUAACGGUGAAAAUGCUACAAUUUCAGCUGAGAAAGAAUUAAAAACUACUGGUAGUGUUAGUGACGUACUUGGAAGGUCUAAAUCUUUGAUGGACAAAUUCAAACCAGCCACAGGAACAUGGGAAUGCAGCGUUUGCAUGAUCAGAAAUGUUCAAGAUAAAACUAAAUGUGCAGCAUGCGAAACUCCAAAACAAUCAACAACAGCAGCAGCAGCACCCAUCUCAAAUCAGUCAGGAUUUGGAUCGCAAUUUAAAAUGUCUUCAGGCAAAUGGGAAUGUAAUUCUUGUUUUGUCCGAAAUGACGAAACGAAGACGAAAUGUGUAGCCUGUGAAACUCCGAGAAAAUCGGCAGUUGCUGUUGCUGCAAACGGUCCAAAAUCUACUAUUCCAUCAUCAUUCGGUGAUAAAUUUAAACCAGUUGCCAGCAGUUGGGAAUGCGGUACAUGUUUAAUUCGUAAUGAACAGGACAAAGUUAAAUGUGUGGCAUGUGAAACGCCUAAGCCUGGUUGUACCGUAAUUAAAGCAGAUGCUAGUUUUGGAACUUCAUUCACUAAGAAGAACGAUGAAUGGGAGUGUUCUAGUUGUAUGGUGCGCAAUUCUUCUGACAAAGUAAAAUGUGUAUGCUGUGAAGCAGCGAAACCAGGUUGCACUCAAACACUUCCAAAGUCAUUAGUAAACAAUGAGCAAACGCUUCCCAAAUUUAAUUUUGGCAUCGAUAAAGCUAAAGUUGACGGUAAAGGUUUUGCAUUUUCUGCAUCCAAUGUUGCACCAUCGAGCGUCUUUGGAGAUUCUGCUAAAACGGCAACAGUCCCGACAACAAUCAUCUUCGGAGAUAAUAAGACACCCAAUGGAACUAAACUAAAGGAAACUCCUCAAUUUAGCUUUGGACUGCCUGCGGCAAGUGCCAAAUCUUCAAAUGAACCUUCUGAUGUAGUAGACGCUAAUUCUGCUAAGUCGGUCAAUGGAAAACUUGAGAAUACAACGUCUAUUUCUACUACUCAAGCUUUUACGUUUGGAACGAAAUCUGCUGAAAAGCCUGCAAUUCAAAUAGGCACUGUUGUUCCAACACCUUCGAUUGCAGUUGAAAGUGAACCAAGUAAAGUUUUACCUUCAAAAUCGUCAACGGAAAUCAAGAGUGAAGGACCUGUUAUAAAGUUUGGAAAGGUUGAAAGUACUUCCUCACCUGCAGCCACAACUUCAUCUUUGUUUAAUAGCACAGUAAAGACGAGUACUACAACUGCGGCAACACCUUCUAAUAUGUUUAGUUUCUCCGCAAGCAACACUAAUUCUAACAAAGUUAGCUUUGGAGAAAGUGCUACAAAACCAUUAAGUUUUGGGCAAAAUAAUACUACAAAACCAGUUAUGUUUGGAGAAAAAGCGAAGCCAGUAAGCUUUGGGGAGAGUUCUGCGAAACCAAUAACAUUCGGGAAUAACAGUGGGAAGCCAAUAACUUUCGGAGAUAGCACAAACGCGAAUCCAAUAAACUUUGGAGAUACUGUUUCUACGAAAGCGCCACCGACAUUUGGUCAAAGCUUGCCCACGAAACCAAUAACUUUUGGAGAAAGUACCACAAAACCAUCAACCUUUGGAGCGAGUACUGCUACAACAACAAAACCAUCAAUGUUUGGUGAAAAUUCUGUCAAGGCAGCAUCUGCAUCGGAGGAUAAAACGAAAGCAGCUACUUUUGGUAACGCUGCAAUUCCUCAAACCCUGGCAUUUGGAACUGGAACACCGUUUGCUGCUGCAGCACCAUUUUCCAGUUCAGCAUCCACAUUUGGUGGAAACAAUCCUACAAACAAAUCUACAUUUUUUGGAGAGCGGGCAUCCAAUAAUAAGGCAACUACAAUGUUUGGCGGUCCACAAAAAGCCACAACAUCCACGGAAUUUAAACUUCCAACAUUCAAUGCACCAGCGUUCGGAAAUAGUGCAACACAAGCUGGUCAAUCUGCACCACCAACAUUUGGAACAACAGCCGCACCAUCGUCGUCCACGUCAACUUUUGGAUCUUCAGCACAAAGUAGUUCCACAUUCGGUGCACCCUCGCAAAACGGCGGAUUCAAUUUCAGUGCUCCCGCUGUACCUGCAGCUAGUAAUAAUGCUACCAACAAACCCAGUUUCAGUUUUGGAAAUGCAGCUGCAGGCCCCUCUACUACUGGAACAUUUAAUUUUAAUUCUAAUGCUGGCGCAUCGAGUAAUCCAGUAGGCGGUUUCAAUUUUAAUAACCCGGUUCCCAAUUUCAGCUCAGAAGUGAAACCAUCCUUUAAUUUUACUGCUGGUGCUGCACCUUCAUCAUUUACAGCACAGCCCAGCGAGGGUAGUUCGCAAGCUGGUAAACCACAACGGGUGUUUAGAAAAGCAUUGCGAAGGACUCAGCGAUAGUUGGUGUAGCUUUAUGAGAUACUUGGAACGUUAUUACCGAGGAUGUGUGUAUGUUCGAAACGGAUGAUUAGAGUUAAGAUUAAGCCUUAUUUACUCAUUGAUAUAUAUAGAGAAAAUAUCUAUAAUGUAUGUUCAUUAAGUUUUUUUUUCUGUUUUAAUCUUGUAACAUGUGGAUGAGUGUACUCUUUAUUUUCUUUCCAGAAGGGAUGGGGGAUUUGUGUAUAUUAAGGGGGCGUUUCUUAUCUGACCUGUUGGAUGUUACCUAGGUUAUUAGAUGUAAUAUAUAACUAUAUUUAAAGUUAGGGAUAUUUUGUACACACGAGGAAUCGAGGAAUGAAUGAGCAAGUGUUGUGAGCGUGUUGGAUGGAGUUAGGGACGAAGGGAAAUUGACUUUCAAACGUGUCCGUCUGUGAAUAUUUGUGGCACGGCAUUCAUCAUUUCGACUUUUUUGUAAUAUAAUGUUGACUAUAUUUAGAAUAUUUAUAUAAUGUGUACCAUAUCGGGAUGCGACUGAAGCCCUUUGUGAAUAUUCACAGACGCGUCACGCGCGCCAUCAUUUUUGAAUAUAUAUAUAUUAUCAUUACUAUUUUUUUUUGUCAUUAAUUUUUGUUUCGUUCACACACAUGUCGCGCAUAUAUAAAUAUAUACAAAAGUUCUGUACUCACGCGCAUUAUAUAACUGAAUAUAAUUACUAUAACGGUGUGUUGAGUCCUACAUUGUAUAUAACAUAUACACAUAUAGAGUGUAGGGGAGUCCUUGCUGUAGGUCUGAUCCAUAGAAUGUAGAAUUGUUUAAAAACACUGUUUCAAUUUAACCCGAACCAUGAACACCGGAAACACCGAGGAGGCUUUGGUGCGCGCGCGCGGAUUUAUUAAAUUUGAAUAUAUUGUAUAAGUAUAAAUGAUGUAUAUUUAUGACUGCCGAUAUUGGCUUCUUUACUGUGAUAUUCUCAUGGGUCAGGCCCCCCAAUUAAUAUUUAAAUUAUAUGAGAUAAAUAAACAACAACAAAAAAAAUAAUAAUAUAAUAAAUAUGCUGUAACAGUCGCAGGCAAAACUAAUACCGGAUGUCCACAAGAUUACUAAGAAAUACAUUUUAAAAAAUGCACUUUUUUUAAAAUAUAUACAUACAGAUAAUUAUAGUUUUCGAAGUUAUUGCUGUGCAAUAGAUACAACUGGAUGACAAGAAGAAGAAAAUAGGAAAAAUAAGAAGUAACGUUUGAUGUGCGAGUUUUGUCUGUGGUCUAGUUUUAUUUUUGUAAAAAGUAGACUCACUCCUUGAUUAUGA